UUUUCCCUAUUCAUAAUGCAUGAAAUGUAUCCUGAUGUGUAUUUAGGUUUUAUGUACAAACUUUGCUCAUUUCUUCUGCAUCUUAGCCUCUGGAGUUAUUAUUAUUAUUUAUUUAUUUUCAUAUUGAACUUUACUUUCCAUGUUAAGCAGUAUGGCUUUAUAGCUUGGUUGCUGAGCACUUCAGUUGGACUGUUGCUUUCCUUUCUGAGCAAGUCAUCAGUUCUUCUUGGAUUAUCUUUGACGCUACCUCUCAUGGUUGCUUGCCUAUCAAUUGGUGUUCCCUUAUGGAUUCGUAAUGGUUACCAGUUUUGGCUUUCAAGAGUUGGUAAUGCAAGCCAUGCAGGAAAUCAGGGAAUUCUGGGGAGGAAGGAGGUUUGACCUUUAAGCUUUCCGUGCUUGUUUUGUUGUUAGACUGAACGGUGACCCUCACCACUUAAUUCAUUUUUUCCACUUGCCGUUCCACACAGUAAUUUUUGAGGAAUCAUUUAUCUUUUAUUUUCAUAUUUCUUAUGUAAGUGCAAGUAGUGAGGGCCUUCAUGAAAAAUAAGAUGGUCAUUUGAGGACACAAACUAUUUUCUUAUGUUGGCUAGUUUGAUGGAGGAAACAUGCUGAACUUUGCUAACUUGGCACGUCCCUGGACCCUGUAUACAGCACAAUAACUGUAUGCAGAAAAUUAAUGAAAUAUUAUAUUCUGCCUCGCUACCAUAUUAUCUAUGGAGUUAUCCUUCAAUAGAUAAUUUUAGUAAGAUAUUGCAUCGUGAGUUGUCAUUGUUCAGACUUAGAGAGCCGCUGUAAAACCAUAGUUGAAAUGCAGAAUCUCUGUGAUUUAUUCAAUGUUGCUGGAGGAUUAGGCAUGAUGGAUGAGUUUUGCCUUGAAUGUGCAUUUUCUCACUGUAUCUUUUGGCCAGGAAUCUCUCUCCUUUUCCUGAUAUUUUUGAAUGAUCUUUUUCUGUGAAGAGCUGAAUAGUAUUUCUUCCGUUUUGCAUCUACCCAGUUCUUAUGCAGCAUUCCUACAUUGUUUUUAGAAAGGAGAGGGGUGGCGGCAGCUAUUGGCGUCUCUGUACUAUGUUGUUAGGGAAUCUUUUAUGUCUUGCAGUUUUCCACUUUCUGUGAUCUUUCUUGUGUCUGUGCCAGGGUCAUUCUCUCUUAUU